AUGUCCCAGUUUGGCUUUCGACCAUCGCCGAAUGCUCAGACUGCGAUAUCAUCGGGUCCUAGUCAAUCGUCCUCACCACCAACGACAAUGGCCGUGACGUCAUCGGCGCCGGCGCCGAGUACGCCGCCGACGCCCUCUCAAAGAUGCUGCGACACCGGCAGGCCCAUCUUCACCGAUCCGAUAACGGGCCAGAGCGUCUGCUCCUGCCAGUACGAACUGUUGGGCUAUCAACGAUUGGCCGGCGCCGGCGUGCCCGGCCUGCCGGCCCUCUCCAUGUACAGCGCCCCCUAUCCCGACGGCAUGGCGGCGUACUUUCCGGCGCUCGGCGCCGACCAAGCGCCUUUCUACACGCCUACUGCGGCGGGAUUGGAGUUGAAAGAAAAUUUGGCCGCGGGGGCGGCCGGUUGGCCUUAUCCCUCUGUUUAUCACCCCUACGAUGCCGCCUUCGCUGGAUAUCCAUUUAACGGAUACGGCAUGGAUUUGAACGGCGCCCGGCGGAAAAACGCCACCAGGGAAACCACGAGCACCCUCAAAGCGUGGCUGAACGAGCACAAGAAGAACCCCUACCCGACCAAAGGCGAGAAAAUCAUGCUGGCCAUCAUCACCAAGAUGACCCUCACCCAGGUGUCCACGUGGUUCGCGAACGCCCGGCGGCGUCUCAAGAAAGAGAACAAAAUGACGUGGGAGCCGAGGAAUCGCGUCGAAGACGACGAUAACAACAACGAUGACGAUGAUCACGAUCACAAAAGCACCGAUGGAAAGGAUAUUAUAGAUUCCAAAGAUUCGGGCACGGCGUCGAGCGAGGACGGCGACCGGCCGCCCCAUUCGCGGCUCGCCGCCGACACGGCCAGCGAAUGGAGCGAAUCGCGCAACGACAGCGGCCCCGACAGCCCCGAAAUCUACGAGCGCCCGCCGCACCCGGCCUUCCUGCCGUCGCGCGCCUCCGGCUCGCCGCCCCAACUCUCGGCCACCGUCACCUCGAAGCCGCGCAUCUGGUCGCUGGCCGACAUGGCGAGCAAAGAGAACGACGGCGCGCCGACCGGCGGCGGCGGCGGCGGCGCCUCGACCUUCGGGCGGCUGGUGGCGCCGAUGGGGACGCGGCUGCCGCCGCCCGGGUUGCACACGGCGCCGUACGCGCGACCGCACGACUUCUACCGCAGCUUGUACAAUCCGGCGGUGGCGCAGAAUUUAACGGGCGGCGGCGGCGUUUCGCCGGACGCCUCGCUGCUGGAGACAUACCAAAGAACGUUGGGGGCGAACCUGAUGGCGCAGUCUUCGCACGGCUUUACCAAAGCGGGCGCCUCGGGCGCGGCGUCCGCGCCUUUGGGAUUGACGGCGGCGUCGCGGACGUCGCCGUCGUCGACGUCGUCGUUGUCCUCCGGAUCGGAGACGCCCGUCAAGCCGGUCGCUUUGAACAAGGCCUGA